ACCUCCACUCCACGACGUACACAAAUGGCAGGGGCCGAGGACAGCACUCAAGACUUGCUCCAAGCUCAUCUUCAGCUGCUGCACCAGUCCCUCGGCUACAUCAGCUCAACUGCGCUCGCCGUUGCCUUGGACCACGGCAUUCCAGACGCCAUCCAGCAUCACGGCGGCAGCGCCACCCUUUCGCAGAUACUAGCCAAGAUCGAUGUCAGCCCAACAAAGCGCCGAGGCCUGCAUCGCCUCAUGCGCAUGCUCACCGUCACAGGUGCCUUCAGCGUCGACCAGCGUCCAGCCGUCGCCGUCGCCGCCGCACCACACGAUGGUGGGCGGCGCGGCGAUCCUGUCUAUCAACUGACGGCAGCCUCCCGUCUCCUCCUCAGCGACGACGACGACGGGAUCCGCCACCCCGCGAGCCUGACUCCUCUCCUGACCAUGCUGCUCGGUCCUCUGCUUGCCUCGCCGCUCGCCGCCGUGGUGAGCGCGUUGGUCCGGGAGGACCGGCAGCCGGACCUGUCGGCGUUCGGGAUCGCGCACGGACAGACCGUCUGGGACGACGUGGCCGACCACGAGGCUGCCUUCAACGUCUCCCUCCACGACGCCAUAGCCGCCGACACACGCUUCCUUAUGCCCAUCGUCCUCAAGGAAUGCGGCGAGGUCUUCCGGGGGAUAGACUCGCUGGUGGACGUCGGCGGCGGACCGUAUGGGAGUGCCGCUGCUUCCAUCGCGGCGGCGUUCCCGCGUCUCAAGUGCAGCGUGCUGGAUCUCCCCCAUGUUGUUGCCCAAGCUCCACCUGAUAGCAGCGUGCAGUUCGUCGCGGGCAACAUGUUCGAGUGUAUUCCACGUGCAAAUGCUGUUUUCCUCAAGUGGAUUUUGCAUGACUGGGGCGAUGAUGAGUGCAUCAAGCUCUUGAAAAGAUGCAAGCAAGCCAUCCCUCCACGGGAUGCUGGAGGAAAAGUAAUAAUAAUCGAUAUGGUACUGGGAUCAGGACCAGCAGACGACGUCAAGCAUAAAGAGACGCAAGUGUUAUUUGAUCUCCUAAUGAUGGCGCUUAAUGGAGUUGAGCGAGAUGAGCAAGAGUGGAAAAAGAUUUUCCUAGAAGCAGGUUUUAAGGACUACAAAAUUAUACCAGUUCUAGGUGUCCGAUCCAUCGUUGAGCUUUAUCCUUAAAUGCUCUUUGAUCAAGACCUUCGAAAAGUAAGCGAGUGUUGAACAAAGCACAAGAAGUUAACAAUCUAGAAGAAUAAAAAACGUUAUUAUAUUUUCCUAGUAUGCUAUAUAUAUUAUAUAUACUAGUACAAUGCACGAUCUCGUCAAUAAACUUGGUAUGUAUAAGUGGAUUUAGUAUAUACUAAGUCGAGACUUGUGUAUUAUUCAGCAUUUCCAUAAGCUCGGCGCUCUGUGUACCAGAAAAUA